CAAAAGGAAAUGGAUGCAAAUAGAAGCAGAAGUUGUAACCAUAUUGUGAUAAAUCCCGCCUUUGACUUGCUAAUGUUUAGGUACUUAGUACAAACACAAUCGUUUUAAUAGGGGUCUUUUGCUGAGGAGUCACACUUUGGUUUUGAUGGCGCUGAGAGGAGAGUUCUGGUAAUCAGACAGGGGUUGCUAACCCCCCUCGAGUCAGGAAACAAUGGAUCUUGGCACAAAGAGACAGAAACAAGCGCGUGCUUUGAGUUCCCCGGGUGGAAAGCAUGAGAUUCUCUUCUAAUGGUCUGCCCGGAACAAUAGAGUUGACGCAUUAUUAACCUUCUUAUGUGCACUCAUUUGCUAUUUGGAUCCUGAGAAAGAAUUUUAAUUCUCCGUUUUUCAAAGCUAAACUUAUCACAGUUCCACCUGCUCAAGACAGUCGUGUUACAUCACUUUUCGUAUUUCUUCGAAGUCUCAUAUAUCCAAAACGAUACGUGAAUAAAACAACACUACAUGGAAAGACUGUCAUCAUUACGGGAGGAAGUUCUGGAAUUGGAAGAGAGACAGCACUUGAUAUGGUAAAAAGAGGUGCAAGAGUUCUAUUUACUUAUAACACAGAGGCAAAUGCCACAGAAACGCUUACGUAUAUAUUUAAAAAUGUGCCAACUGCAGAUGUUUCAGCAAAAUAUUUAAAUUUAGCAUCAUUUUCAUCUAUCUAUAAAUUUGCUAAUGAAAUACUGGAAAAUGAAAAAAAAAUUCAUAUUCUUAUGAAUAACGCAGGUUUAGCAACAACUAAAAAAGAAACAGAAGAGGGUUUUGAAUUAUGCUUUGGAGUCAAUUACCUAGGGCAUUUUUUGCUGACAAAUUUACUUCUGGACCGUUUGAAGGAAUCAGCUCCAGCUAGGAUCAUAAACGUAUCUUCCGUAUUGCAUUUCUUAGGAAAAAUUGAUUUCAAUGACUUGAAUCUGGACCAUCAUUAUAAUGUAUUCUAUGCAUAUGGGAGAAGCAAGCUAUGCAAUAUACUUUUUACAAGAGAGCUUGCCAAAAGGUUGCAAGGAUCGAAAGUUUCGACUUACAGCUUGCAUCCUGCAGCUGCUCAAACUAAUAUUGAUCGCGAUAAAGAUUCAGCUGACAGAAUUACUCGUUUUCUGUGCGCAGUUUUAAAACCUCUUUUCCUAGACCCAGGGAAUUGCAUAUCAACAAUUUUAUAUUGUUCACUUGAAGAAUCAAUUGAGGAUCAGUCUGGUUCCUAUUACUGUGACUGCACUAAAGUAGAGCCAUUUUUAAAUGCCAAAGAUGAUAAACUGGCCAGCGAUCUUUGGAAUCUAACUGAAGAACUGAUUUCUCAAAAGAAAAUUAUUAAUUCUGUUACUACUGAGAAGAAAGAUCUGUAAAUAUUUGGAUCUGAAAGUAAUAAAAAUUAGUUCUCUUAGUUUUUCAGUUGUAUGAAAAAUAAGGCAAUUGAAAAUAUCAUGUAUUUGACAAAAAAAUUAUAGAUUAAAAUUUUCUAUUGUUGCAAA